UUAGUAACUCUUUGUUUGGUCCCCAGUUUUCCAGAUGUUCAGGUUUGAAGUCCAUCUGAGAAUUACAGACGAGACAGGGCAACACAUUCAGCACAUGACAAGUGGGUCAGGAGACCCUUCUGAUGGUUUCCUGCUCUCAUCCUUGUUUGAAAACAACAAAAACAUGGUGGUCGGGGGUUCCAGUCCACUUUCAAAAUUCGGCAGGGACCCAUUUGACGUGAGCUCUCACUCCAGAGCUGUCCUGUCCAGUCUGGUCAGCGAUGAACUCUGUUGCUCCUUGGUGGACGACCUUGUGUCCCACGCAACAGAGUGUCUCAAUGACACUGAAGACCACUAUAUUGGAGAUCACUCCAUGUGGAAACAUGGAUACGACUGGACCUUAUUAGGAGGAUCAGAGAGGAAAUGCGGAGAGAACACCUGCACGUUUACUGCACAUGUGUCUGGGUUUUCUGCAAAGGAGUUUGUAAAGCAUCAGAAGCCCAUCGGUGAUCCUGAUUCAUGUAGUUCAUCUACAGAGGAGGCUCAAGCUCCAUGUCAAGUGCAGUCAGUCGGUCAAUCCUCAGACAGCGAGUUCAGCUGGGGAAGCACAGACAGCUCUUGUUUUGAAGGAGAACGAGAGGAGAAUGACAAACUCUGGGACCUUCUGACCAGCUCGACUGAUCCAUAUCACCCUCUACACUUCACGGCAUGUUUGUCCAGUGUGGUUCCUGAAAAAAGCAAAACGCAGGUGGUUUUGAAGGCUGAAAGUCCCACUGUAUCACAAUCCACUGCAUCUACAGGCUCUGAUUCUUCCAAACCAGGUUCUGAAGAUGAAGAAGAAGAGGCCUUAUGGAGAUCCCUCUCUCAGAAUCAUGACCCAUAUCACCCACUGAAUUUCAGAGCCCCUCUUCAAAGCUCACCAGCUACAUCAGUACAUUCAAAACACGAUUCGCCCAGUGACAACACACAAAAUAAAACCAAUAGACUCUUAAAAUCUUCAAGACGCUCAAAGCCACAGUUGCCAUCAAGUAAAGUUGCUCGCCAUUGCUGCCACAAAUUACCAGUUGAGACAUUAUCAGUGGUGCCAUGGAGAAGACAUGUUGGUCUGACUGCUCUUCAGGGCAACCAAAGGAAAUGUCCCAAUUUUAAGAAGGUGAAAUUUUCUCCUAUCGUACAAGUCCACAAGAUGCAAGCUUGGUCCUUUGCUUUUCAAGCAUCUCGUAAGGGACCGUGGGAGGUGUUUGCAAGGGACAGAGACCGUUUCCGAAAGAGAAUCAGUGAAACUGAGAAGGCCAUUGGCUACUGUUUUAGUUUGUCACACAGGGAAAAGCUGUGGGCCUAUAAGGACAGAGUACAGAAGAAGUAACCAGCCCUUGAUUGGCAAAAAUCGGUUUCUGAUUGUAAUUAUUGAUCGUAUAGUUCCCUGGCCAGCCUUUAGACUGCUAUAUUGACUUAAAUUGACAUUUAUACCUCACUGCUGUGUCCCAACACACAUUGUACCUUGACUGCUACUGAAUGUUACUACUGCUGUUGCUACUGAUUUGUUUUUUGUUUUUUUGCUAUGCCUUACAGACUCUUCAGUGUGACUGAUCACACACAUUAUUAUUUAAAACAAAUGUUUGAUAUGUUGGAGUUCUAGACUAGUGUUAUUUUAUUUAAAGAGAUAGUUCACCUAAAAAUGAAUAUUCUGCCAACAUUUACCCUCAUGCCAUUGCCAAUUCCAAAACUUUAUUAUCUUUUCAUGUGAAACACAAAAUAAGACUUUUUGAAAAAUGGCAUGGUGUUUUUUCUUAUAUAAUGAAAGUCAGAGGGUCCAGUGUUGUUUUGGAACCC